AUGGCUGAGACGUACACGCCUAACGUUAUUUUGAUCACAGGAGCUGCAGGGUUCAUCGCCUCUCAUGUCGCCAACAGGAUCGUCCGGAGCCACCCGCAGUACCGUGUGGUGGUUCUGGAUAAGCUUGAUUAUUGCUCAAAUCUCAGGAAUUUGGAUGGAUCGAUGCGUUCGCCCAACUUCAAGUUCGUGAAGGGCGACAUCGCAAGCGCUGAUCUCGUGAACUAUCUUCUCCUGACUGAGGGGAUCGACACUGUCAUGCACUUCGCAGCUCAGACCCAUGUGGACAACUCGUUCGGAAACAGCUUUGAAUUCACCAAGAACAAUAUUUAUGGCACUCACGUGCUCCUCGAGGCGUGCAAGCAGGCGGGAACCAUCAAACGCUUCAUCCACGUCAGCACGGACGAAGUCUACGGCGAAACUAGUGCUGACGCUCUCGUGGGCAACAGCGAGGGUUCCCGCCUGCUCCCUACCAACCCGUACUCUGCCACCAAGGCUGGCGCUGAGAUGCUGGUCAUGGCAUAUAGCCAGUCGUACGGCAUCCCUUGCAUCACAACGCGCGGCAACAAUGUCUUCGGUCCGUACCAGUUCCCGGAGAAGAUGAUUCCCAAGUUCAUGCUGCUCGCCAUGCAAGGCAAGCCUUUGCCCAUUCACGGCGAUGGAUCCAACGUGCGGAGCUAUCUGUACUGCGAGGACGUGGCUGAGGCCUUCGAUGUCGUCCUGCACAAGGGAGCCGUGGGUCAAGUGUACAACAUCGGUACUUUGAGGGAAAGGCGAGUUAUUGAUGUGGCCCACGACAUUUGCAAGAUGCUUAACCUUGACCCCGAGAAGUACAUUGAAUUUGUCGAGAACCGGCCUUUCAAUGACUUCCGGUACUUUCUCAACGACCAAAAGCUCAAGGCUCUCGGCUGGGAUGAGCGGACUUCGUGGGAAGACGGUUUGAGGAAGACGUUUGAUUGGUACAAACAGAAUCUCGACUACUGGGGUGAUGUGUCGGGGGCUUUGCUUCCUCAUCCUCGCAUGCUCUCGUCAUACAGCAUGGAGAAACCGAUGCCCCGUGCGGAGCAGUUCAUGGAGAUUCCUUCGCCGUCGGUGGUGAAGGGCAAGCCACCUCUGAAGUUCUUGAUCUAUGGUCGAACUGGCUGGAUCGGCGGGUUGCUGGGCAAGCUUUGUGACGAGAGGGGCAUCGCGUACGAAUAUGGUACUGGCAGGCUGGAGGAUCGGCGCUCUAUUGAGGAGGAUAUUUCGCGGAUUCAGCCCACCCACAUUUUCAACGCUGCUGGUGUCACUGGUCGGCCCAAUGUGGAUUGGUGCGAGUCGCACCAGGUGGAAACCCUCCGAGCAAACGUCAUUGGUGUGCUCACGCUCUGCGAUGUUGCAAGGAACCAUGAUUUGCUGGUGAUGAACUACGCAACCGGUUGCAUCUUUGAGUACGAUGACAAGCACCCUCUUGGCACAGGGAUUGGCUUCACAGAAGAGGAAAGCGCCAAUUUCUUCGGUUCUUACUACUCCAGAACCAAGGGCAUGGUUGAGGAGAUGCUCAAGGCGUAUGACAACGUCUGUGUGCUUAGAGUUCGCAUGCCGAUCUCAUCCGACCUGUCCAACCCGCGAAAUUUCAUCACCAAGAUCUCCCGCUAUCAGAAGGUUGUGGACAUCCCGAACUCCAUGACAGUUCUGGACGAGCUGCUGCCCAUUUCCAUUGAGAUGGCCAAGAGGGGUCUUCAUGGUAUUUACAACUUCACCAACCCUGGAGUGAUUAGCCAUAAUCAGAUCCUUGAGCUGUACCGGGAUUACAUUGACCCCAACUUCAAGUGGCAAAACUUCACCCUGGAGGAGCAGGCUAAGGUCAUUGUUGCUGCACGGAGCAACAACGAGCUGGAUGCCACAAAGCUGAAGACAGAGUUCCCAGAGAUGCUUGACAUUAGGUCUUCCAUCAUUAAAUACGUUUUUGAGCCCAAAAAGAAAGUAUGA